AUGGAAGAUGAGAGCCAUGGAAGUUGUCCAAAUGGCCCCAGUAGAGGAAGCCCAGAAAGCCCAUGUUUAAAGAGCACUAAUAGCAACAACAAUAGUAAUAAAGAGCAAGAUAGGUUCCUUCCUAUAGCAAACGUUGGAAGAAUAAUGAAGAAAGUGAUUCCUGGAAAUGGGAAAAUCUCAAAAGAUGCAAAAGAGACAGUUCAAGAAUGUGUUUCUGAAUUCAUUAGCUUCGUAACAGGAGAAGCUUCUGAUAAAUGUCAAAGAGAAAAGAGAAAGACUAUUAAUGGUGAUGAUAUUAUAUGGGCAAUAACAACUCUUGGUUUUGAAGAUUAUGUUGCUCCCCUUAAAUUAUAUCUCAACAAAUAUAGGGAGAUUGAAGGAGAGAAGCUUAAUAUCCCAAAGCAACAGCGAACAGAUCAAAGGUUGCAGCAACGCCAACAAGAACAAGAACAAAAUUUACCAUCUUUUAACACUGUGUAUUCCUCAACUACCACUCUUCUUUCUCAACCUUCAUUUGUGCCUGCUGAUCAAUCAUUCUUAACUUUCUCCCCUAACUCCAUUCAAAAACAACUACAACAAUGAUCAAAUUCAUUCUGUUGGGCAUUCACAUUAUUAUGAAAUCAACAAAACAGAUGUAGUGGGAUCCUUCGUGCACUUGUC